GCGCGCGCAGCGACACAUGCGCGUUCCCGGUUUCACUCUUUGGCAGUGUCGCACGGGCUGUCGGGAUCAUGUCCGCCAUGUUUUCACACCAGCCGAGAAAAAAAAGCCCGUGAAAAACCACCAUAACUCGCUCAGAUAUGCCUUUAACCACCGGCUUUCGGUCGAAGGGACGUCAGUGAGCGCGGCCGCGGAUAUAACCGUCGGCUCGUGUGUGUUUUUGAACCGAAUGAUCCGUGUUUAGUGUGUUUGUGUUCGCCGAAAACAAUGAGUAAACUCUCGUUCCGCGCGCGAGCGCUAGACGCCGCCAAACCGCUGCCGAUCUACCGUAAUAGAGACCUCCCGGACCUCACCGACUGCGUCUCCAUCAACCGAGCGGUCCCUCAAAUGCCAACUGGGAUGGAAAAGGAAGAGGAGACGGAACACCAUCUCCAAAGGGCCAUCUCUGCCCAGCAGGUGUUCAGGGAGAAGAAGGAGAGCAUGGUCAUCCCUGUGCCCGAGGCCGAAAGUAAUGUCACGUACUACGACCGCCUUUAUAAAGGAGAGUUCCGCGUCCCUAAACAGCUCAUUUACGUCCAGCCUCUUGGUCUGGAUUACGAGCUGCCCGACUAUGAUAUGGACUCGGAAGAUGAGACUUUAUUGAACAGACUGAACCGUAAGAUGGAGCUCAAACCUGUGCAGUUUGAGACCAUGAUGGAUCGGUUAGAGAAAGCCAGCACCAACCAGUUGGUUACUCUUCAAGAGGCCAAACUGCUGCUAAAUGAAGAUGACUACCUGUUGAAGUCAGUGUAUGACUAUUGGGUAAGGAAGAGGAAGAAUUGUCGAGGUCCGUCGCUCAUCCCACGUAUCAAGCAGGAGAAGAGAGACGGCUCCACCAACAAUGAUGCUUACGUGGCUUUCAGGCGUCGCACGGAAAAGAUGCAGACAAGAAAGAAUCGCAAGAAUGACGAGGCGUCUUACGAGAAGAUGCUGAAACUGAGGAGAGAGUUCAGUCGAACCAUGAGCAUCCUGGAGAUGAUCAAGAAGAGAGAGAAGAGUAAAAGGGAACUGCUGCAUCUCACGCUGGAGGUGGUUGAGAAAAGGUAUCAGAUUGAAGACUACUCCGGAGAGAUCCUUAAUGAAGUCACUGCCCCUCUGGCAGAGAAACCCAUUUACGCCGCCCCCAUAUCCUUACCCAAUGGCAACCGGCAUAAGACCGAAAGCAAAAUUAAGUCACACAAAUCUGGACCAAAACACAUGCACCCCUUUACGGUCAAGGCCGAGCCUCACUUCGACUUUGUGCAUUCUUAUAAGAAUUACACAAAGAGGCCCAGACUGGAUGUCUUGCGCCAGCCUGGUCGGCCAGAGCGGCAGACAAUUGUCAGCAAGGCCGACAUUAAACAGUAUGACUUCCACAGCUCGGGAGAGGAAGAUUACCCACUGUCUCCAGCAUCUGAGCCGGAUGAAGAGAACGAUCCAGACGGAAUCUUUGCUUUCAGACGGAAAGCUGGCUGCAAUUACUAUGCUCCGUUGACUGAGCAGAGCUGCGCUCCACACAGGCAGCAGAUAGGUCAGGACCAGCUUUGGCAGAGGAACUGUCUCACCGCCCUCUCGGUGCCCAGACGCUGUACCGCGGUAACAUGCAGGAGGAUGGGCAGAGGUGGCAGGGUUCUUUUGGAUCGCACCUCCUCGGAUCUAGACCGGGCCCUCAGGCACCUGGACCCUGACAUGUUUUAUCCGUCCUCUGACUCUAGAGUACCUGACCUUCCCGUCCACACAAAUACAAACUCUCAUACAUUCUCCACAUCGAGCCCUCAGUGCUCACUAACUCAGAUUCUUAGUGACAUUAAGGCCUGCAGGUGGAAGUUUUUUCGCCCUCGGCCUGUGCAGGAAAACUCAAGGGGUGAGGACAAAAAAGGGAUUCCACAUGUGGAGAAAAGCGGGGUGUCGCCUCUGUCUAAUGGUGUGUCAGGUGGGAUCACAGAAGAGCAGUUUCAGUCCCAUCAGCAGCAGCUGGUUCAAAUGCAAAAACAGUUAAAACAACAGGAACUCCAGCUGAUCUCAACAGCACCAGAACCCCGUACACACCCUCCCAACACUGUCUCUUCUGACUGCAUGUCUAAGACUUUGGACUCGGCCAGUGCACAUUUUGCUGCGUCUGCAGUCGUCAGUGCUCCUAACAAUGAAAACAGACCCCAGGGUCCUAGCGUGAAUGGCAUCCUUCCUAGUUCAGGGAGCUUUAGACAAGCCAAAUUGAACCGCUCCGCACAGAGUGGAGGCCCCCAGCUGCCUGUACCUCAGUCUCUGCCCCACGGCCGCAGUCACCUGAGCACUGUGAGCGCCGUCUCUCCAGCACACACGCACCACAGCGCCCGCCCGUGUGCUCCCUCAGCCUUAAAGCUGGCCAGCGUCGCUAGCAGCCUGGACCGGGUAUCAAAAGUCACCCCCACCAGUGCCAUAGAUAGCAUUGCCAGGGAGAAUCACGAACCGGAGAGGCUUGCUCUCAAUGGCUUAUCAGAGACCACAGUUGCCAUGGAGGUCACAUAACCCAUCCAAAAACACAGACUUGAGCGCCGAGAUGUGUACGCUUCUACACGGACUCAUACCCAAAAGCAGCAUAUCAAAAUAUUAAGAGAAAUUUGUCAAUAUUAUAAAUGUACAUUUUGUAAAAUUGGGAAUUAUCACUACCUUGUAAAAUAGUAUAUUUGUAUCAUUAGUCUGUCAUUUCUGUUACUUGAAUUCUAGACUUUUUUUGUCAUCAUGCUUUUGCACUUGAAAAUGCAAGCAAGACAAGUGCAUCAGUUCAUGUUGGGAUCAUGAGCAUGAAAGUAGGUCCUGCGUCACUUGUUUUAACUAUUUAUUUUGCAAUGUUUACAUUUUUGUAUCUCGUACAAAUAAAUCCAAUUUUGUGACCACAAAAUGCAGACAUAGCUAGUACACCAUGCUUUUGUGCUUUUUUAUAGGAAGAAAGCGCUCAGUUUGCUUCCACAGAAUAAGUGUCAUUUCAAAAGUGAAACUCUUCCCCACUUGAGAUGUCAAUAUUUUUUACUGUUUUUCUAGUUUUCCUUCCUCUCAUUGUCUUAUCAGGAAUAGAAUGUAAAUUUUGGAGACCAGUGGCCUCCAUCAGAAUGUACGUACUAUGAGCGUCCGUGAGAAAUCUAGCAGACGAUAUUUAAUCAGGCACUGUGUUUUGCUCCCUGACUUGUCUAAAUACUGAGUCAGUCAAACACUCAUUUAUCUUGUUAAUGAGUGUUGGCUGUUGUUGGUUAACUUGUUUGAAACACAGACUGUUGAAGGCUUAAAAAGGCUGUAAUGGAAGUAAGUCUACAGGUCACAAAUACUGUAAAUUAAUUUUGCUUUUGAAUGCUGAAAUUUAUACAUUCUCAGUUCAGUGUCUUCAAAUAAAUUUCCCCUUGUCAAA